CCGCGCGGCCCGCGCGCGCGCUUCUCUCCCGGGGCGGACGUCGGCGCGGGUGAUGGCUGCUGUUUCCAUCGCGUCCACGUUGGCCAUCCGGCUCCUCCGGCCGGCGCGGAGCUGCCGCCUCCGCCAUCGCCCCUUCCACCUCUCGGUAGUUCGAGAUGAAGCUGUCAUCAUCUCUGGAAGGAAACUUGCCCAGCAAAUCAAGCAGGAAGUGCGGCAGGAGGUGGAAGAGUGGGUGGCAUCAGGCAACAAGCGGCCGCACCUGAGUGUGGUUCUGGUUGGUGAGAAUCCUGCAAGUCACUCCUAUGUCCUCAACAAAACCAGGGCAGCUGCCGAAGUGGGAAUCAACAGUGAGACAAUUGUGAAACCAGCUUCAAUUUCAGAGGAUGAACUAUUGAAUUUAAUCAAUAAACUAAAUAAUGAUGAUAAUGUAGAUGGCCUCCUUGUUCAGCUGCCUCUUCCAGAGCACAUCGAUGAGAGAAAGGUCUGCAACGCUGUUUCUCCUGACAAGGAUGUUGAUGGUUUUCAUGUAAUUAAUGUAGGGCGAAUGUGUCUGGACCAGUAUUCCAUGUUACCAGCUACCCCAUGGGGUGUCUGGGAAAUAAUUAAGCGAACUGGCAUUCCAACCCUAGGGAAGAAUGUGGUUGUGGCUGGGAGGUCAAAAAAUGUUGGAAUGCCCAUUGCAAUGCUGCUCCACACAGAUGGGGCACAUGAACGCCCUGGAGGCGAUGCCACUGUUACAAUAUCUCAUCGAUAUACUCCCAAAGAACAACUGAAGAAACAUACAGUUCUUGCAGACAUUGUGAUCUCUGCUGCAGGCAUUCCAAAUCUGAUCACUGCAGAUAUGAUCAAGGAGGGAGCUGCAGUCAUCGAUGUGGGAAUAAAUAGAGUUCAAGAUCCCAUCACUGCUAAACCCAAGUUAGUUGGAGAUGUGGAUUUUGAAGGAGUCCGAAAGAAAGCUGGUUACAUCACUCCAGUCCCUGGGGGUGUUGGCCCCAUGACAGUGGCAAUGCUGAUGAAGAAUACCAUUAUUGCUGCAAAAAAGGUGCUGAGGCUUGAAGAGCGGGAAGUAGUGAAGCCUAAGGAGCGUGGAGUAGCAAGUAAUUAACUGUUGUGUCUUUUAUCACGAACAACACUCCAAGCCGGUUCAAGAGGCAAAACAGGCUAAUAGAAAUGCAAUAUUUUUUAUUUAUUUUACUGAAAUGGUUUAAAAUGCCUUGUAUUUAUUGAAAGCUCAAAUGGGUGGGUGUUUGUGCACAUAGCUCUGUAGUACCUCACCAUGGAGCCCACCAGUAUCACGCUGGGUUGUGUGAUCCAGCCAAGAGAAGCCAUUAACCUAGUGAUUAAUGUGGAGGACAUUGUCCCAUUGAGAGCAGAUGCUUAACUUUGUCAAGCCACUUCAGUUAAAAUUUGCCUUUUCUAGGAUUGCAUUUCCCAAGUGCUAUUCCAAUAAGAGUUGAUACUCACUUUAGGUUCCAAACCUUUUGAGUUCAACUGGUCAAACCAAAGGAAAAAUGUUGCUAGAGAAAAUUAGGGCAAAAAGAAAAAAGAAAAAAUGGUAAUUGAGUAGGAUAAAAAACCUUACUGUAAGUUACAUACAUACUGUAUGUAAAACUACAUGUUAAUAGUGUCCUGAGCUGUCAUUUCGUGGCUUAGUCAGUUGUAGGGAAAAUAUUUAGGGUAGUUCCAUGUGUGUUACAUUCAUGAGGCUUCCCCAUUUUUCUCUAGGAUUGAAAGACUUAUUUUAUUUUAUAGAUGAUUUGUGUAUAUUGUCAUAUUUGGCUUUUCCUCUACCCUUAAACUCCAUUGCUAUAUCUUUGUAUUCCUCGGGGGGUGUCUGUAUGGUUUCCUUGGGAUAUCUUGAAACCUAUUUUUGAAAAACAAAAUUUGGGCUUGAUAAUCAUUAGGAUUAGGGCAGCUUGUAUAAGUAUGCAACUUAACUUUUCCACCAAAGACUUGUCAGCAGCUGCCUGGUUUUCUCUGAUGUACCUGUUGGCUUUGUCCAAUCGGUUUUUGAGAACUUGAGUUCAUAUUGAAUUUAAUCAGACUUUCUGAUUAAAAGGGUUUUUUUGUGUGUGUUUGUUUCACUAUUUUUUUUUUUUUUUAAUAAAAACACUCUGGUGUGGAAUGAGUUUCCAAAUACUGUAUCUUCCUGCUACUGUCCUAGUUGAGACCUAAUUACAGUUAAUCUUUCUCAUUGGAUGUAAUUGAUGUCGAUAUUCCUGUAUUUGGUAAUACCUAACUAAUCCUGUGCCUUAAACAGACUGAUGCAAAGUGCUGUGGAGAAACCAGCCCAGUCCUUUCAAUGUGACGUCCUAAUAGGCUGUGCCAAGCCAGAAGCUUUUAAUCUGUAAGAUUCAUUUAAAUUUCUUAGGUUUAUUCUAGGUGUUCUCUAAACCAUGCAGUUCAAUUUACACAUUGUUGGAUUUACAAAGGACUUCUUGAUGUGCUUGCUGACACCCCCACUUCAGGCUCCCCGCUCCCUUCUCUCUAUAUAGUUAUUUUUUCAAUGUGUGUGUGUUUGAUUUGACAGAUUGGAAGGUAUUUGCUGUGCACAUUUUGAGGCUGGGAUAGGUCCCUGUGUAUUCUCGAUUCUCUACGAGGGUUGAGCAUUUUGGCUUCCAGGCAGACAGAUCCUCUGUUCCUGCUCCAGGCAGCAUGAGGUAGAAAAAACAAUGGGGAGUAGAUUUCCUCCUUGUUCUACCAGCUGCCUUUUGAUAGUUUGCUGAAGAUGAAAGAAAAUGAUAGUUUGCUGGCGAUGUUUUUGUAAGUGAGACUAGCUCAUGUCCAUAUGCCACGUUUGCUGACUUAACCAAAAUUAUUAAACAUGGAGCAAGAUGAGCAGACAGGAUUAAGUUUUAUCAAGUUAUAGUUACAAGUAGAAAGAAGGUCUGACCUACUUCAUGGAGAAGUAAUAAUAGGUCAACUUGUUAAAAGCUGUCAAAAUUAAAAUGUUCAUGUAUACACAAAAUGUGACAUAUUGGGUGAAAAUUACAGUGAUCAAUUUAUAACAACAAAAAAUUAACAUCAUAGUUUCCAACUUGUUUGAUUAAUCAAGCACAUUUACUCCAGAAUCCAUAAUGUUCCUACCAUUUAAUUUGGACAAAGUGCUAUUGGAAAUCAGCCAAGUUCUAAACCUGAAAUGUUAAGGGUAGAUUGUUAGAUUUCCCAGGAUUGGUGUAGCCAAAGAUACAGAAUUUAUAUUUAAGUUCAGGCGAUGGUUCUGGAUUAGUUGAGCAGCUAAGUCCUUUUGUUGCAAUCACUACAGGUGGGAGAGGUUUAGAGCUUUACCUCUUGGCAGUAUCCCUUGGAAGGGAGCCCUGAAAUUGAAUUUAAUAAACACUUAAGAGAGUUUUCUAUGCACCAGGCACUGUAUGAAGCACUGAGAAUCGCAGAGGCAAUUCGCUUUCCUAGUACCCAAAGUGUUAAUGAUCUCAUGUCAUUUGUCUUUAAAAAUUAGUAAAGAAUAAAGAAAAAAGCACCUACAUUGGUCAUUUUGAGUAAAUACAGUAACUAACCAAAGUGAUUUACUCAAGAUUCAAAUCCAUAGUUGUUCCGGAGACAAAGUAAAUGUCAGAUGCGUUGUGGCUGUCAGGCACAGAGUAGGUGUUAAAUAAACAAAGUUGGCAUUCAGUGGGGAUAGAAGAUAGACUGAUAUUAAGUUUCAUGAGAACAGAGUUUGCCUCUUUAUUAAGUCAUUAAUCUACCCGGCUUGCUUCCAAUCAUUCCUUUAAAGAACUAAUCUAAUACUACAAAGUUAUAAUCUGAUAUUUUACAUUAGCUCUGCCUAACAUGCAGGGGUCAUGUGGAUGGGAGUUUGACUUUGGGAGCAAGACCAUUGAAAACUUAGAGGAAGGACCUAUCCAAAGGUAGAAAGAAGCCUUACUCUGUGAAAGAAGUGAAAAACCAGUGAUAUUAAGAGAUCAGUUUGUUGAUGUAAUGUGCUUGAAGUUUCAUUUUAACAAGAACAAUUUUAUUUUGAAAACA